AUGGCGAAUUAUAAUCCGACUGGUUUUAUGCCGGGAGGGAUACGAGUGGGUCCCUUGGUUUACAGCAUUCCAAAUGGCUCAAGAUUACCACCUACAAGACCACACUUUACCAUGACACCAAAUGGAUAUGUACCAGGAGUUCACCAUAAUAUAAACGCAAAUUCAUAUGUACCGAAUAUGAUAUUGUCAAAUAACCCAAGAAACGUUAUUCCAAUGCGGAUACCACCCAAACUCUCUUGCAUUGUAAGACUAUUAACUUUUGCAGAAUUUUUAGGAUGUGAUAAUCCGCAAAGUCCAAGGGAUAUCCAAUUCUGGAAAACUUUAGCACACGAGUACUUUACUGAGGAAAUUACAAUGAAAUAUACAUUACAUAAUAUAAAGAAUAAUGAUAAAAAGAAAUAUGAACUCAAAUAUCAUGUUAUUCCAAGAUUCUAUCUUACAUUUUUUGAAUCUGGAAUAGAAAAGAUACAAAUUAUCCUUGGAAAUCCAAAGGAAACAAUUGGUCCAAUUGGUAAUUUAAAUGGUAUUCAAACCAUAAUAGAUUGCACAUCUGCUUCUAUAGUAUACCAUUUUAGAAAUGGAGUUCAGGUUGCGGCAUCCGGUCGUUUAACGGUCAUAUUUAACAAUAUGCAAAAAAUGACGAGUUAUGAAUUUGAAACUUCAAAGUUUACCGAAUAUGUGCCACGACAUCAUCAAAUAUCAAAAGAAGCGACUGUAAAUGAAUAUGGAAUACCAUUUAAGACAAUGCGAUGCCUAGAUAUCGCAGAGGUUGUUGAUAACAUGCACGAAGUCAUGAGAAAUGCUAUAUUCAAUCCACAACUUGGACCACUACGUAAUUAUAAAUUUCUUGUAAUGGAACCAACCUGCAUUUAA